AUAUUUUUUAAUUUUAGAAAUCCUCUUUGUUGCAAUACCAAACAGGUAUCGACACGUUUUUUGGAUAAAACUAAUAAUAUUAUGCGACUUCAAAGCGUUUUGAGAGCGUUCACUUCCUGUGUUGACCGGAAGUAAAAUAGUCGGCUCUCCAGCUGUCAUGGCGGAAAAGAAGAAUGUUUUGGAGAAGCCAUUGCUGCUUUUGUUAAUUUUUCUGAGUUUCCUGCAUUUAUUAAUUUGUCCUUUCACGAAAGUCGAAGAAAGCUUUAAUUUACAGGCGACGCACGACAUUCUGUACCACAGACUUGAUUUUGACAAGUAUGACCAUCACGAAUUCCCCGGAGUUGUGCCGCGUACCUUUCUCGGACCCCUGUUCCUCUCCACGCUCUGCUCCCCGCUCGUUUCUUUAUCAUCUCUGCUGGAGGCACAGAAAUUCUACACUCAGCUUAUAGUCCGGGCUUCACUGGGGUUUUGCGUGAUCGGCGCUCUGUGGCAUAUGCAGAGAGAAGUGCGGAGGCAGUUCGGCUCCACAGUUGCGUGUCUUUUCUGUCUGACCUGUGCCUCCCAGUUCCACCUCAUGUUCUACAGCACCAGGACGCUCCCCAAUGUCUUUGCGCUGCCAAUAGUUCUUGUAGCGUUCACCUCUUGGAUGGCUCAGAAACACGGCUGGUUCAUCAGCCUCUCCGCUUUGGUCAUCAUCGUGAUCCGGUCCGAGCUCUGCAUCUUGCUGGGCCUCAUGCUGCUGAUGGCGCUGCUGAGCAGGAGGCUGGGGCUGCUGCAGCUGAUUUACUACGCUGCUCCUGCUGGACUCUUGUCCCUAGCUCUGACGGUGGCUGUUGACACCUUCUUUUGGAGGAGGCUUUUGUGGCCUGAGGGGCAGGUGUUGUGGUACAAUGCCAUUCUUAAUAAAAGCUCCAACUGGGGAACCUCGCCCUUUCUGUGGUAUUUUUACUCCGCCGUGCCUCGAGCCCUGGGCUGCUCGCUGCUCUUCGUGCCUCUCGGCCUCCUGGACAGGCGGAUUAGGCUGCUGCUGCUCCCCACAGUUGGCUUCAUCUUCAUCUAUUCGCUGCUGCCUCACAAGGAGCUGCGUUUCAUCAUUUACACUUUCCCUGUGCUCAAUUUGGCAGCUGCACGCGGCUGUUCCUUCAUAUUGUGCAACUAUCAGAAAUCUUGGAUGUACAAACUGGGCUCUGCAGUUGUGGUUGGCCAGCUGUUGAUCAACUCAUCGUACACUGGCCUUUGCCUGUAUGUUUCCCAUCACAACUACCCGGGCGGCAAGGGAAUCCAGGAACUACACAGACUGAUGCCGGCCACAGCAGAUGUCUUUGUUCACAUCGACAGCUUUGCUGCUGAAACGGGAGUCUCACGCUUCUUAGAGCAAAACAAAAACUGGAGAUACGACAAACGAGAAGACAUAAGCACCAGAAGCCCGGAGCUCCAGAUGUACUCGCACCUGUUGAUGGAGGCGAACGUCACCAAGAUACAGCAGCUGCACAACACUCAUACGCCUCUGGUCUACAUCGAAGGUUUCAACAACAUCGCCUUUAGCAAGGCUCACUUUCCACCUGUCAGAGUUCACCUAGCGAGGAAAGCUGUGCUGAUGCAGCGCAAGAUUUGGGAGGGCACACCGAGAGAAACAUGAGCUAAAAUAUAAUUUAGAAUUAUCAGGUGACCAAAGACAGUUGAAAAUCAUGCUGCUAUGUUGAU